CUGACUUACAGGAGUGGUAGUGUUUUCCAAAUUUAUCGAUAUAUUUUGCACAAAAGAUGGGUGAAGGGAUUGCUGAUUGCUUACCACUGGCACUACGAUCUGUUGGGGAUGCCAUCAAGCUUGACUCAGACAACAGGAUUAAGGUUUGAGUUUUAACCAAGCUCGCGAAAGAAAUUCAAAAUCACUUACCCGGAUCAAAACACUUUUGAAUAGCCCCCAGUUUGGAGUACUGAGAUGCAGGAGGCAUACUGUCAGUAUCUCAGUUGCAUCAUCUAUAUAUCACAAGUUCUUAAGGAUGAUGCUUGGGACAAAGACCUCCAAUUGGUGUACAACAGGGACUCAGCCAAGUUAUUCCGUAUGCUUCAGCAAUGUCAGGAGAGAGCUUUGACAAUAAUAUCUUCUUUGGCAAAUAAUACUUCAACAAGUCAAACACCCCCCACUAAUCAAAUACCUCAGCAUCUUCACCCUUCAUCUGAAGGUUUGCCACAUCGCUAUUCUGACAGUCAGGUUCCAAUUCCUGGCCAAUCACCUCAGCAUCAACUGGCACCACAAGAUGUGACUAUUCGUAAGCUGUCUGACACAAAUUCUCCAGCAGCAACUUUGGCAAAACCCACAGCUGAUGGACACCUUUAUCUACCAUCACCCCCUGGAUCUCCAUUACCUCGUCAUCGUCGAACUGGUAGCAAUGAUCCUUUGGAGAAAGCUUACACGGAAAAUAAACAGUUGAUACAAGCAUACAGGACAAGAAUGCAGAAUGCAAACAAGGGGGGAACAAACAAGGAUAUGAUUUCCCGUAAUCUCAGUUUAAUGCGAAGGAUGUCAGAAAACCUUGCCAUUGAAAAGGCCAGGGAGCAAGCUAUAAAGCAAAAAUUGUUGGAGCGACAACGAAGAUUGCAAGAGGAAACAAACAGACGUCUUGGCCCUGCAGUGUAUUCUACCAAGGAACAGCAAGGACAGCGUAUUAUUUACACAAAGAUUUUGGAGUUUGAACAAGAGACCGUGUGGCCGAAACUCUUACGGAAUAGAUUGAAACUUUUGCCAGAAGAUUCCAAGUUGAUCAAGGAAAUAAUAGCUAAGAUUUUCAGCUCAUCGGAUCAUCCUCUUACCCAGUUUCUCCUCCAGUAUCAGUAUUACGUUUACCGGAAACUGGCACCUCUUGUGAAGGAUGUGGGAUUUCCUGAUGUAAAAAGCGGAAGAAUAGCUACCAGCGAAGGAACUGGUGCAGUUAUAAAGGAAUCUCACUCUGACGAGCACGUGAAGAAAUCGACAAUCAUCGAUGAUGAACAAAACCGAGGGAAAAACCUUAACACGCUAACUAAUGCUGGAGGUAAUUUUGAAGGUCACUUUUCAUCUGAGACUAAUAUUGAGGAAAGUUUGAAAGGUACGAAAGAAAUUGUGAAAGGCACCGCUGAGGAAAAGGAACAUGAAACAGUCGAAAUUCAUGAUGCAGCGUUCGUAAAGAAUACUAGAGAUGGUGGUAGUGUAGAAAAAGGAAAGGACGGUGAUAGCGAAUGCGCGAGCUCUGGAACUGAUUUAGCGAAACUCAAAAAUCUUCUUGGAGAUGAUCUUCAGUCGGAAGUCUCUGACACUAAUACUUCGCAGCCUACUGCUGUUGCGACAUCAGGUGAUGCGGCAUCACUGGAGAGUUAUUUUGAGGAGCUAGAGGACGAUAUGUUUGGCUGGGAUAGCAACGACGAUGAAAGUACACACACGGACAUUGAAACUGUUGAUGGAAGGAACACACAGACAACGGCAGAUGAAAAGACUUGCAGUGAACUUAAAGAAGAUACGAGUCAAAAUAGGGAAGAGGAUGCAUCCCAUACUGUCGCGAGAUCUGUUACGGAACACAGUCAGGUAGACUCUUCAGAAGUCUGCGCAGAUACUCCUUCACAACUCAGCGUGGACUCAACAAAUAGAAGUGAUGCGUUUGCAAACAGUGAUCCUAAUACGCUCCUUGAAGAAGGCGUUGAGUUGUCAAUAGCAAGUAAAAUCGGUAAAACCAGCCAAGACCAACCAAGAGACGAUACAAAUCCGUUUGAAGCAGAUGAGUUUAUUUCAAACCAAAAAGUUGAGGGUAAUGAAGAAGAGACAGCAAGAAACGACACCAACGGGGAAAGUCAACAACCGCACAAUAGUCUGAAGCCGCUAGGACAGGUUGGUGAGGAACAGAUUGCUAGUAAUAACACCCUAGGGGACGGAGAUAUCCAACAAUCAGUGGAAAGUUUAAACGAAGGAGAACAGGUUGGUGAAGAACAGAUAGCUAUUAUUGACAUCCACAAUGAUGGAGAAAUCCCGAGACCAGUAGAGAAGUCAAAUAAGUAUGAUACUAUAAGUGAAGUCCCAUUUGAUCAGGCAAACAGUGGAGAUGAAGAGAACACACAAACACCUCGACUGUCUGGGUUUGUUAGUGAACGAAGUGGCAAGGAGGAAAAUGGUAGCACAACUCCUACUACAACUGCAUCUGACGAAAGGAGGAAACAAUUGAAGGACGUUUUGGUGGAUGUGAGAUUUUUUCUUGGUAUGUUUGUGCAGCAAACACUCAUUUAAUCAUAACCAAAAGCCA